CAGCUAUCCAACUCGAUUGUUUUUAUUUGUUCCUCCAGGCGACCUGAAAAAAAAAUUGGUAAACACUUCGUGUUUAUUUUCGAAUGAAAAUCGAACUGUUGUUUCAUUCGUUCUGAAUUUCCAUUGGAAUUGGAUUCGUUUUCAUUUAAAAGUACCGAAUCUAACAAUUAGACUUUCAUUAGUAACAAUGCGGGUCAUCGGUUUGGUGUACUGGUUUGUCUUGAUUUGUGCUGAAGAUAGUGGUGGUGUUGAGGUUGUUGUUAGGGUGAUUGGAGGCGGAGAGUGGGCGAAGGUGGUUGCUCUGAGGAAUGGUUAUGAUUAUAAAGGACCUGUGAAAGGAUUCGAAAACAUUUAUAUACUACACCAAAAUUCGACUAAAAUAUCUUCCCCUGGAAAAAGAAGCUCUAGUUCUCACAUUUCAGAGGAUGUAGAUGUUCUUUGGUACGAAGAACAAAAUAUAAAACAAAGACAAAAACGAGAUUUCGUGGAUAUCUCAGAUACUCCUCACGAGAGGGUGAAACGAAUCCAAGAUGACGGCAUUUCCACUACAAACGAAUUUCAAGGAAACCCUGAAGAUAUAAGACUCUUUAACGACGAGCUAUGGAACCACGAAUGGUACUUGAAGAACACGAGGUCGUUGGAAGAACUACCGGAUUUAGAUCUGAACGUUCUGAAGGUCUACAGUGCAGGUAUCACAGGAAGAAACGUAAGAAUCAGCGUUAUCGAUGAUGGUUUGGAAUACACACAUGAAGAUUUGAGAGCCAACUAUGAGCCUGAGAUUAGUUAUGAUUGCAACGAAGAGGACAACGACCCUAUGCCACGCUACGAUAUGGCUAGAACCAACAGCCAUGGAACUAGAUGCGCUGGUGAGAUAGCUAUGGUAGCCAAUAAUGAAAAGUGUGGAGUUGGAGUUGCUUUCAACGCGAAAAUUGGAGGUAUCAAGGUGCUUGAUGGUUUCAUUACCGAUCGCCUGGAAGGUACAGCUCUCAGCUUUGGUCUCGGAGUCAUAGACAUCUACAGCGCCUCCUGGGGGCCCACAGACGAUGGUAGAACAGUCGACGGUCCUGGAGAAUUAGCGAAGGAGGCUUUGGAACGCGGCACCAAAUUGGGUCGUGGUGGCAAAGGCAGUAUUUUCGUUUGGGCUUCUGGAAAUGGGGGUGGCAGAGGUGAUAACUGCAACUGUGAUGGGUAUGUCAACAGCAUAUACACAGUGUCAAUUGGGAGUGUUAAUGAAAGAGGGAUAUUUCCUUGGUAUGGUGAGGCUUGCGCUUCAACGUUAGCUGUGACGUAUUCUUCAGGAGCUCGUAGUGAUCAGAUGAUAGUAACUACCGACUUAUACAACAACUGCACCAUGAAACAUACAGGUACUUCAGCAUCUGCACCACUUGCAGCUGGAAUAAUAGCCUUGGCACUGGAAGCCAAUCCUCGGUUGACUUGGAGAGAUAUACAGUAUCUGAUAGUGUUCAGUUCUGCGAAAUCUCCAUUGUUACGGAAUCCAGGUUGGCAGAAGAAUGGAAUUGGACUAUGGUUCAACACUAGGUUUGGAUUUGGGCUGAUCGAUGCCUACAAGAUGGUCCAGAUGGCAUCUUACUGGGUUGCUGUGCCUGAGAAGAGGAUUUGUAAGGUUGAAGCAAUCAGAAAAUCGAUGCAACUCCGUGCUGGCCAACCUCUGUCCGUACCAAUUUUCACUUCGGGCUGUAAAUGGACAGGCAACGAGGUGAAUCAUUUAGAGCACGUUGAAAUUAGGACGAAUAUAAAGUAUUCACGACGGGGAUCCUUAGAAAUCUACCUAACCUCACCCUCAGAAACUUACGUGCAACUUCUGUCCCGUAGGAUGUUGGAUGGCAGUCCAGACGGAUUCCAGAAUUGGAGUUUCAUGUCAGUUGUUACUUGGGGAGAGCGUUCUCAGGGUGUUUGGACACUUACUAUAAAAGAUGAGGUUGGACCUACCAACAAUAGAGGAACUCUAGGAUACACUGAACUCAUUUUACAUGGAACUAAAAAUAGGCCUGCAUAUGAGAAAAUAGUUUCGAAUAAUAAAGCUAUGUUGUAAAUAGAAUAAGUAUAA